GUCGAAAGGACAAGUAAAGACCUUGUUUGUUUUUUCAUAUGCUUCUUAGCUCACUUCAACCGUCUCUAAAUUCUCUUAUAUAAAUCAACACAAAGGGAAUUAUUUAGGGCACAGUGUACAGCUACAAUAUUUGGUUUGGUAUUGAGUAUUGAGUAUUGUGAUUGUUUACAAGCUCAGAUUCUUCUGCUUCAGUGUAAUAUGUCGAGUAUAAGCAUUCCUUCAUCUUCCUUGCUCAAAGUUGCACCAUCGAUAAGAUCCUCCACCUUUACAAAACCUCAAUGCUCUUUAGGUUCUGUAAAGAGUAUUUCCAAAGCAUUUGGCUUAAAGUCUUCGUCCUCGUUCAAAGUCUCCGCAAUGGCAGCAUACAAGGUGAAACUAAUAGGCCCUGAUGGUACCGAGAAUGAAAUUGAAGUGUCGGAUGAUCAAUACAUUCUUGAUGCCGCAGAGGAUGCUGGUUUGGAGCUGCCGUACUCGUGCAGAGCAGGUUCUUGUUGUACUUGUGCAGGACAGUUGGUUUCGGGAUCAGUAGACCAAUCCGAAGGUGCAUUCCUCGACGAUGAUCAAAUGGAGAAGGGUUAUUUGUUGACAUGCAUUUCAUAUCCAAGAUCUGACUGUGUUAUUUACACAAACAAGGAGGAAGAAGUUCAUUGAAUAUUGUUAAUGUGCUCAUUCUGUUUUAAGGCAACUGCAGAGUAUUAGUAGAAAGCUUGUUCUGGAAAAGGGGAAUAGGAAAAUAAGAAACUACUAUAAAGAAAUAGAGUUAUUCUGUAUCCAGAUAGUAAUGUUUGUGUCUGGUUUGUGGCAUUAACUUAUGUUUGUAAGUUGAUAUGUGCUACUUCCACUUGUAUUGCUUUCUUGAUUGAACACCAUAUUGAUCAUGAAUUUAGGACCUUUUUGUCCAUAGAUUUUUUUUU